AUGCGGGUAAAAAGGGUGCUCAGUACCAGUACGGAUAGACAGGCAAGACGGGUAGCCACAACUCAGACUCGCCAGGGAUGGACGACGCUGCGUUUGGCUGGCUGGCUGGCUGGGGGCGACUCGUGCCACUGCCAACCUAUGCCUUGCCAACUGCCCGGCACCACCUGGCGGCCUGCGGCUGAGAUCCCCUACAUGGUUGAUGGUCUGGCUGAUGGUGGCCCUGAAUUGCUGAUGCCCGCCCAACUUUAA